AUGCUGUCUCAAGGAACUGCUGGAAACCUAGCAAAGCUCCCUUUGAUUAAAAUUCCCCCUCCGGACUUGAUCAUACUCCUUGGAGCGCGUACGGGGAUGUUUUUGGGUGGUCGAAGUGGAGCCAUCAUUCCAAAUGAAGGAUGCAAGUUACUUCAGGUGGACUCCGAUGGAAGUGAAAUUGGUCGCUCCUUGCCAGUUGACCUUGGUAUCAUUUCCGACGUCGAUGCGUUCGUCACUGCAAUGAACUCUAGAGUGACAACCGUUUUUCAAAGAAGAGUGGACAGAUCCUGGGUGGAGUCUGUUCUUGGUGUUGCAAAAUUGGAAUCACCAUUUGAGAAAGAACCGAAAGAGGCCCAUUUCGGGGCUCUCCAUCCUUACCAUGCUAUGAAACAGGUCAUGUCUGCCAUCGAACCUGGGAGCAUCAUUGUUCUGGACGGGGGAGAGGCAUCUGCGUGGGCUGCUGAUCUUGCUGCACUCUCUCAGCCCAGCGUUGUUAUCACCUCCACAGGUUAUCUCGGUUUCCUGGGCAACGGAUUCGGGUACUCGCUGGGUUGUGCGAUCGCCGAUCCCGAUCGGAAGGUUGUAAGCAUCCACGGGGAUGGAUCAGCUGGAUUCCAUUUGAUGGAGUUGGAUACUUACAAGAGAUUCAAUCUCAACAUCAUGACGGUCAUUGUCAACAAUUCGAGCUGGGGCAUGAGUUCCAACGGCCAGGAUAUUGUUUACGGAUCCAAACACCCAGCCCGUCUAGUCAGUGCCCUCAAUCCACAAACUCAGUACGAGCUCGUCGCCCGAGGCUUGCAAAACUCGGCUUCGAAGGUUUCGCGCUUCUCUGAUAUACACGAUACGGUCACCAAGUUGCAAGCCGAGCAGGGGCCCAGUUGUAUCAAUUUGAUCGUUGAUCGGAAACCUGUCCAUCCCAUAACCACUGCAAUGGUUGGACUGACUGAUGACCCGAAUUUCGUGGUGGUGCCGUAUUACGACAAUGUGCCACGGGCAUAUCACAAGCUGUAG